AUGUGCUGGUCAUCAAUGGCUACCACUCAAAACCUCUUGAGAGACCACGGUUGGACUCUGCAUCAUAUUUUCAUCCCAUCCAUAGGAAUUUGUGCCGAACGAAACGAAGAGGAGAGACAUGAAACUUGCCGCGAGAGGCAAUGUAGCCACUCACUUUACCGAGACCGAGAAGAAAGCAAUUCGAUCUCAGAGUCCAUCUGCUACGACUGGGCGACUAUGUUGAUGUUACACAACGCUAGUUAUCCCCGGCCAUUGAAGUCCUAUAUAAAAGUGAGCGCCGACACCACUCUUCUCCUAAUUCUUCUCUAUGGUUUUAUAUUCUAUAUACUUUACACAUCCUGCAUUCCCGACAUAUUUCUCCUCGAGCUUUUGCCAGGCUGCACCUUGAACGGGCACAUACCUCCUGCAGCAAAGAAAACGGAGGUUCGCUGCAACUUCUUUGAUUGGGACGGGUUCCGGCCAAUUCAAAUUUUGUCCUGGUGUCUUCUAAUCGUCGGAGUAUUUUGCACUGUGAGAAUCAAUUUCCCGCAAAAAGAAAAAGGCCAAACGGGUUGA